ACGUCGCCGGGGGUGGGCGCUUUGCUCCCGAUUUUCCCCGAUUUUCCGAUCGUGUGUGAACUUUUAGUGAUUGCGAAUUUUAUCUGUGAAUGUGUUAAAGUUUAUUUGAGUUUUAUCAAAGGGAUGUGGUUUGCUGAUUACAAUACUUUUAUGUAAAAUCCUUCCCAGUGAGACAAUAGACAAUGUAGAAGAGUGUGUCAAAAUGACAGUCCGUCAUUGAAAGCAAGAUGGCGGGCAGUUUGGGCGGGAAAGUGGCGUGGCGCGCGCUUCUAUUUGCAGUGCUGUUGGAUAACGUGAUCUGUCAAGUCGGCUGGACGGAGACGAAUGAAGACUUGGGGGGCAAACGAGCAGACGGAUCAUCGGAUGUCGAUUUUGUUCCAGUGUCCACCGUGGAGGUUGAAGCCGUGGUGGGGAGGACGGCUUCCCUCCCCUGCGACAUUGAACCGGACUCCAACGAGGAUCGAGUCUACAUGGUGUUGUGGUUCCGGCAUUCUGGGGGAAAACCGCUGUACAGUUUCGAUGUGCGCGGCCGCAGCUUCAACAAAGCCCUCCAUUGGUCAGACCCUCUGGCUUUUGGGAGGAGAGCCUACUUCGUCACCAUGUCCAGACCCUCGGCCCUCACAGUGGAUGCUGUUCAGCUCGAUGAUGAGGGCAUCUACAGAUGCAGGGUGGACUUCAAGAAUUCUCCUACUAGGAAUUUUCAGAUCAAAUUAAAUGUUGUUGUACCACCGCAUCAGCUGCUCCUCUAUGACGAGGCUGGGCGUGAUGUAGCUGGAGUAGUUGGACCUCUAGAGGAGGGCGGAAACUUCACUCUACUCUGCGAGCUUAGAGGGGGUCGUCCGCAGCCCACCCUCACGUGGCUGAUCAACAACAAGCAGAUAGAUGACCACACCAUCCUCAAGAAUGAUGGCAAGGUCAUCGUCAGCCGCAUCAGCAUCGGAGGAGCUGAGAGGAGCUGGUUGAACACCAGCAUCAGGUGUCAAGCCACCAACACGCCUUUGCUAAGUCCUCAUGAAAGAACUGCUCGCGUGGAAAUGCAUUUGCGACCGACAUCAGUGAUGAUAACCAACAAACCUGGGCAGAUGUCAGCUGACUCGGAGAUCACCAUCAUCUGCGUCACCCAUGGCAGUAGACCGGCAGCCCAGGUCACCUGGUUUAGGGAGAACAGAAGAUACACGAAGGGAAAGCACAGCGAGUUCACGAAUGAGACGACCACUGUCAGCAAACUGACGAUGCUGCCUCAGCCCGAAGAUGACGGAGCCAUGAUCAGGUGUCGCGCUGACAACCCUGUGCUGAGGGUGGCACUGGAAGAUGCCUUCAGAAUGAGUGUUGUUUACCGUCCAGUCCUGACGAUGUCACUGGGCAGCACGCUGAACCCCAACGACAUCAAAGAAGGAGACGAUGUGUACUUCGAGUGCAACAUCAAGGCCAACCCUAAGGAACAUCGGAUCUCCUGGUAUCAUAACGACAUACAAGUGAGCCAGAACAUGUCUUCGGGAGUGUUCAUCAGCACCAAGUCCCUCGUCCUCCAGAGGGUGACCAAGAGGGAUGGAGGUCUCUACACUUGUAGGGCAGCCAACCAGAUGGGCGAGUCCAGCAGUCAAGCUGUGUAUUUAAGAGUGCAGUACGCGCCAGUAUGCGCCCAGCCAUCCCCGCUGCUGAUUGGCGCGCGCCUUGACGAACAGCUGCGCGUACGCUGCACUGUGAACGCAGACCCUGCUGACGUCACGUUCUACUGGCAGUUCAACAACAGUGGCGAGAGCUUCCAGGUGUCUCCUGCGAGAUACGUUUCAACGGGUGGAACAUCGAGUGAGCUCCGGUACCGGGCAGCGAGUGAGCGUGACUAUGGCGCCUUGCUCUGCCGCGCUACCAACGCAGUGGGUCGACAGAAACGGCCCUGUGUCUUCCAAAUAGUACCAGCUGCUCGUCCGUCACCACCGCGGAACUGCACAGCCAAGAGGGUGAUCAUCCACAAUGAAGCCCUCCUCUCCGUCAAGUGUGCCGCUGGCUACGACGGAGGCCUCAACCAGCACUUCACUCUGGACAUCCUGGGAGAGAACGGGAGGACCCUGGCUAAUACUACGGCUAAUUUUAUUGAUCUAAUAGUAUGGUUCAACAUCAGCUGGUCAGCGGUGGAUUCUUUGGAGGAAGAUGAGGAUCUUGCCGUGACUGCUCGGAACAGCAAGGGUGCUUCGGAUCCUGUACUGCUUAGAGAUCUGGUCUUCAGAGACGCUGAGAAAAGAGCAGAGAGUACAACGCGGGCAGAGACGAAGUUCCCGACAGCUGCUGCGUUCGCGGGACUGGCUGCUAUACUAACGGCGGCAGGCGCCAUUGCAGUGCUCGCCGUGAGAAAGCGAGGAGAAACUACCACCACCUCCAAGCGACCUUCGCAGAGCGUGGUGCAGGUGGACGCUCAGGGGAGGCGGUUCCUCAUAGCAUACCCUGCGCCUGCAGACAAGCUGGAGACCAAACCUGACAUAUUGAAUCCUAAGGCUGACAACGAGCCGCCGCGCGUGGUGCUGGAGUCAAGUGACAACAAGAGCUACAGCAUCAGGGAGGCGAGCUCCGAGCCACACAAGUCAGCGUACAGCCCACCACCACCACCAGAAAACAUGAUGCCUGAAAGAUAGCAUAUGGAUCAAAUCCAGAGUGAUAUGUAAAUAUGAAGUUCCAAAGACUAUAAAAUUGUAAAUUCAAAGGAUGCCAACAAUUAUUAUUAUUAAAUAAUAGUUAAUAAGAAAUAAUAAUAGAAUUUAUAGACAAACUCUUCCAUAUCAAUUUAAACAUAUUUGUAAAUUUAUCGAGAUUUCAACUUCUUGAAUACGUUUUUAAAAGUAAAAAAAAAACAUUUUUUUUGUAAAUAAUUCACUCAACCUUAUCAUUACAUAACAUAUCAAAAGCAACCUUAUUUCUUUUCUAAAUAAAAUUGAUUUUCAAAUGUACCACUUCAAAUAAAACGUUUUCAAGAACGCAAAAAUCUCAAGAAGUUAUUUUUAAGACGAAACUAUGUAAAAAUUAUGUGAUUAAAUAUAAUGAGCGUUGGAUUAUUAAAUAAACUUACGGUUUUCA